GCUGAGAAUCCCCGCGAGCAAAUGCUUGGCAGGCGCAGCUCCGGUGUCGAGUCGCAACAAGGUCAGACGUCCGGGGUCAAAUCGGGGACUGCUAAUACUUCUGCCGAUGGAACGCAACCAAACGCUCCGAAGAAGUACCGGGAAUUCAAGUUCUAGGCUCCCGUCAUUUUACGAUGAUAUCAACAAACCAUCUGCUCUAACCCUGUGUUUUCAGUUUGUUUGUAUAUAA